UUCAUAUCAUCAUCACCGUUAGUCAAAAAUGAAAUACGUCCACACUGAACAAAUCUUAGAUGUCCCAGAAGGUGUUACCGUCGCUAUCAAAGCUAGAAACAUCACCGUUGUUGGUCCAAGAGGUACUUUAACCAAGGACUUGAAACACAUUGAUGUUACUUUUGAAAAAAUCAACAACAAAGCUGUUAAAAUCAUUGUCCACAAUGGUGACAGAAAACAUGUUGCUGCUUUAAGAACUGUCAAAUCUUUGAUCUCUAACUUGAUCACCGGUGUUACCAAAGGUUACAAAUAUAAAUUAAGAUAUGUCUAUGCGCAUUUCCCAAUUAACGUCAACAUUGUUGAAGAACAAGGUGAAAGUUUCGUUGAAAUCAGAAACUUCUUGGGUGAAAAGAGAGUUAGAAGAGUUAAGGUUCACGAAGGUGUUACCAUUGCUCCAUCUGCUAACCAAAAAGAUGAAUUAACCGUCACCGGUAACUCUUUAGAAGCUGUUUCUCAAAAUGCUGCUGAUAUCCAACAAAUCUGUCGUGUUAGAAACAAGGAUAUCCGUAAAUUCUUGGAUGGUAUCUAUGUUUCUGAACGUGGUACUAUUGAAACUGAUUAAAUUAAUUAGUUUUUCAUAAUUUACACCCCUUCCCUCUAAAAGUGUUUUUUUGUAUUAAUACAAUUUCUCUUUUGUCUAUAUUUUCAUUUCCUUUUGUUUUUUAUGAGUUUUCAGGGUUAUAUAGUUAAUUUUGGUUUUAUAUUUUCAUUUCGUCAACCCUGUGUCUCACCAUGGAUUUGUUACAGGCUUAAAUCAAUAAAGAGCCACCAACGAUCCAUUGUAGUAGCGAGAUUACGGGUUAUUGCUAGCGAUUUUUCCUGCUUUUAGGAAUUAAAGGUUCACUACAUUAUAUAUUGUGUUUUGAUGAACCUGUCCCAUGCAAUAGCCUUUAUGCCCCUUUCGAACCUUUGUGCUUAUGAGUUUCCUUGUGGAAGAUUAAUGUUACUACGGUAG